AUGGCAGUGGGCGCCGUGGGCUCAGCGACGCGCUUCGUCGGGCGUGUGGGCCGCCCACUGGCGGGCCGUAGGGCCCAGGCGGUGGCGGUCAGGCCGUGUCGCAGGCCGAGAUGCGCGGCCCUGCCGGAUGUCAAGACGAUAAUUGAAACACUUGCAGACGGUGAGAAUUUGUCGAAAGCAGAUGCUCGAGGAGCCUUGGAGGCUGUCAUGGAUAAUGGUGACCCAGCACAGAUAGCUGCUUUUCUUGUCCUACUGCGAGCCAAGGGCGAGACUCCAGAGGAGGUUGCAGGGCUGGCAGAGGCACUGCAAAGCCAAGCUGUGCGGGUGGAAACGCCUUACGAUGUGCUGGACAUCGUGGGCACUGGUGGUGACAACAUCGGAUCCAUCAACAUCUCGACAGGGUCCUGCGUUGUCGCAGCGGCGGCAGGAGCCAAGGUGGCCAAGCAUGGCAACCGGUCAGUUUCCAGCCAAUGCGGAUCAGCUGACGUCCUGGAGGCCAUGGGUGUUGCCAUCGAUUUGCCUCCCAAAGGUGUUGCAGAAUGCAUCGACAAGGCUGGUGUUGGCUUCAUGUUUGCACCUAUCUAUCACCCAGCGAUGAAGGUUGUUGUCCCUGUCAGGAAAAGCCUGCGGAUUCGGACAGUAUUUAAUAUUCUUGGCCCGAUGCUGAAUCCUGCGAGAGCAUCUUAUGGACUGGUGGGCGUCUUCACCCCCAAGCUGAUGAGCUUGAUGGCUGAGGCACUUCAGCGGCUCGGCACGAAGAAGUCUCUGGUGGUGCACUCCAUGGGCCUCGACGAGCUUACCCCGAUGGGUCCUGCGGAUGUGGUCGAGGUCACGCCCUUGGGGACGCGGUCAUACACCCUGCAGCCCUCAGACGUGGGCAUACCUCCAUGCGAGGUGCAAGACCUGAAGGGGGGCAACAAGCAGCAGAACGCGCAAAUGCUGCAGGACGUCUUCGGUGGAGCGCCUGGGCCCAAGGCCGACGCGCUGUGUCUGAAUGCGGGGUACGCCUUGGCAGCCUGCGGUGUGGCGGCAGAUCCAAAGGAGGGAGUGGCGAUGUCCCGGGAGGCUCUGCGGCAGGGGAGGGCGGCCAAUGUGCUGCAGAAAUGGGUGGAAGUCAGCCAGGAGCAGAGAGCUGCCCAUUCUGAGAUUCUCCAAACUACCAUAAAUACGGCUACGGCGGAUGCCAUCCGGGCAUCGGACCGAUACCCGAUACCAUCGGAGGAUUGCACCAGCAUCCUGGAAAUACGCUGGGACCCACAAAAGUAUCCGAAGGACGAUACGGACACCAACAACUACCAGACGUCCACCGCAUGGCAGCCCGAUCGCGAUCUCGGCGCACGGGCCUCUGCCCAGGCUUCCGCACCGGACCCGCGGCGGCCUCUCUGGCGGCUGUUUGCGCCGGUCGCUGGCAUCCUCGGGAGCACCUCCAUCCAAGCUGAGGGAAACAUGAUGUCGCAUGAGGAAGAUCCGCUUGCGGUCCUGGCGUCGCCGGUGUCGUUUCAGCGGUUCCUGGAUGUUAUGAAGAACGACGCCGCAAGGGACCUUGUCCGUAAAAUCAAUCGGUUUCUGCACGAGUUCAGCGAAGCACGGCAGGAUCCCCACAGGGACAGCGCAGCAUUGCAGCGCUUUCUGUCGAAAAUGGAGCCGGACUUCAGGAAAAACCGCCUGUGGCGCAAUCAACCGCACGAAGAACUCAACACGGCUAUGGAGGCAGGUGGUGAUGGGUAG